CUUGCUGGGUGCCACCUUGUCAGACCCUGCCACGAAUUCCUUGCCCAUACCAAGCCAGCCAAUCCCCCCAGACUGCGCCCGCGCGUGCCCUUUGUUGUACUGUAUCUGCUACGGCCAGCCCUUUGGCGACCUCACUCUCACUUCUCCACCGUUCGUUUCUCACUCUUACAACAUGGCCGACACGCUGGCACUAUGACGACGACCAUUUGCUCUCCCUUGGUCCUCUGUUUUACCGACUUAUAUACGGAUCUAGGCUGAGAUAUUCGUUGACAUGGCUGAAGAGCCUCAACCUCUUACCCUCCAGCAGCGCAUUGCCGCCCUGAACGCUGCCCAUGUUGGCCGCAUUCCUGGUGACCCUCCACGACCCUCGGCACAUCCGCAUCCUCCUGUCCCUACCAAGCGUCCAGUCGUUGUGAAGCAGAAUACUUUCAAUAAUCCUCCCGAACAAGUGAAUGGCUCAAUCACCGAUCGCACCAUUGGCAAUCAGCCUGCACCGCCUCCCCGAAAACAGCCUCCACCUCUUCCGAGCAGGAACACCUCGCUGGACGAACCGAGGAGAGGAUCAGUAAUACCUACGACAAAUGGUGUCAACGAUGGCCAUUUCUCAACAGUCACAACGACUCGCACAAAGUCGACAGACUCUGCAAGCCGAGUCAAAGCCCCAGCAUGGGGGGAUGUCCAACUUCCACCUCUGCCGGCCAGAGGCAACCAAUCUCAGUCUCCCGUCAGGAAGUAUUCUGAUGAAAGACCGAAAUAUGUCAAUCGGGCUCCCACUUGUGCCACCGAUUCCACACCUGCCAGCAGCCCAGCCGUCAAGCCCGCACCUCCACCGAGACCAUCCCUUCCACCAAGAGUACCAUCGCGGAAGAUUGAGACGAAUGGACACGCUGCGGAAACAACUGUGCGAAAGAUGCCUCCGGUCGUCCCAACAGAGGCACUCGAAAAAGCGAAGAAGGCUGCUUUCUCACACAUUUCUCAGAAGGGGGUUGCGCAUGUCGAAGUCGUCUCAAUCGAGGAGCCAGUCAUUCCGCCUCACAAAGAGCACCAACUUCUACCUGUUAGAGAAUCUAAACCACAGCCUAUCAAGCAAAUAGCAGUAUUGCCGUCAAGAGGCCCUGAGCCUCAAUGGGAAGAGCCGACACAGCAUAGUCACACACAAUCCGCACCGCCUCCAAUCCCACUAUCUUCAAGACCGGACCUCUCUGCGCUUCAAGCCACGAAGCCCAGACCGGCCACUACCACUACAAUUUCAUGCCUCGUAUGUCGGGACUUCUCUGGCCCCGAUCACCAAGCCACGCUCUUUCCCAGGACGCAAGUCAGAUCAUUGCAGGACCUGGCGUAUCAAUUGACCUCGCCGUUUCCUUCACCCACGGACAAGUCUCGUGCAAUAUUCACGUGGCUUCAUUACAAUAUUGCCUAUGAUGUCGUUAGCUUCUUUGGCAACAACGUGAGAGGCUCUACACCGCAGUCGACGCUGCAAAGUGGUCUUGCCGUAUGUGAAGGCUAUGCCGUUCUGUUCACCAAUCUAGCGACUUACGCUGGCCUGGAAUCCGUGGUAAUAUCGGGUCACGGCAAAGGUUAUGGCUUCACCUCCCUUCCUCCAGGAGCGCCACUUCCACCCUACAAUGCUGGCCAUGCAUGGAAUGCAGUGAAGAUUGACAAUGGAGAAUGGAAACUCAUCGAUGCUUGCUGGGGAGCAGGCUAUGUUCAAGGCCCAGGACGACCAUACAUGGCCAAAUUCAACCCCGACUUCUUCAGCAUGUCCAACGAGCAAUUUGGUGUUAAGCACUUUCCUGGCAACAAAGACCAAUUUUUCCUCCCAGGUGGUCGGCGUAUGGCAUGGGAGGAAUACAUCGUCAUCGAUCCGGCUUGCUGGCCAGAGAUGGUGGAGGGCCCGACUGUGUUUACGAAUGCCAAAGAAGACUACUCAAUCGGUGAGAAGACUGUGUAUCCUCGGGCACGAAAGAUCAGUGUGCGGCAACAAGGUGCUAUGCGUUUCCAGUUCAAUCUGGUAUGUCCUCAUUGGACGUUGGAAAGACAUACGCGCAAGGGACCGCCUCCGGUGUUCCUUGUCUCUGUCAAUGGUGUGGACGGUCGAAACAAGGAUCUCAUACCACUGGACCAUUAUCCUGGUCCGCAGGGCCAGGGCGGCGAUACAUGGGUCGUGGACAUUGCUGCCCAGGAACUCGGUGCGCCUGGUCAGACUGUCACGCUAUUCGCCGUCAAAAGUUUCGGCGAGAAUCAGGACGCGCGUGGACUGACUGUGCGCGAAUUCCGCGAGGGUAAAGGCCGGGUUGGGAUGGGGUUUGUUGGCGUUGCGGCAUGGGAUCUUGUUUGACACGCAAAAUAUACCACGGUAAUUCCCUUGGAUGCUAUCUUAUGAAAGCUAUGGGGAUGGGCGGACACGGCUUGGGGGUCGAUGGUACCUCCCAUUCGUAAUGAUAAUGAGAUGAAUGAUACCCUUGAUAGAAGAGAUUUUAAUCGCGGUACCCGUACUGACUUGACACCACUGUUCCAUUGAGUUUCAGCCAUUUCUCACUCCGAGAUGGGUCGAGAAAAUACUCCAGUUCGACGAGGACGGUGUCUUGAAUGGGGUAUGCAUGACCUUGAUGCUGCGUAAU